UUUUUUGGAAUGCCUCAGGCGAAACUAUGCUCACCCAGCUCAGUUACAUUGAGAAUGCAGACGAGAGAACUUACUGCUUUGGUUUUGACCCUCACAAUUGCUGUGGUCUAUGGGGAAACUGGAUUCCUGCUGCACACGCGUCGCAUCCAGGACAAUCCGCAGCAGAUCGAACCGGAGGUGGAGGCUUUGGUGCGCAGCUCUUUCUACGCCGCGGAUCCAGUAGUCCUUUCUUUUCCGCGCUGGGGAGGGAACAAUUCUUCACCAGAGAUUCCAGCUGUGGUUUCCGCCCAACUUCAGCAGAAGGAUAGCAAUGUGAUCAGCUUGGAUCUAACCCAAGCCAACAAUGAAACGGAAAUUAUAGAAAGCGUGGCCAACUUGGUGAACCUUUUGCACAGCAACUUUGAUGUCCCACUAGAUCGGAUACAGCUCGUGGGCUUUGCAGAGGGUGCUCACCUGGCAGGUGGAGUAGCUGCCCAGGUGCAGCGGGAACUGGGACAUCAGCUGCCGCAAAUCACAGCUCUUGAUCCGACUUCUGGAGAGGAUCUGGAGCACAAGCUAUCCCAAACCGAUGCCCAGUUCGUAGAGGUUGUGCACACAAAUGCAGAAGGAGUCGGCACUUGGGAUCAGCUUGGUCAUGUGGACUACUAUCCCAAUGGCGGGCAAACGCAGCCAGGAUGCUCAUCCGACUCCUGUUCGCAUGAGAGAUCGUUUCAGCUGCUCGCCGAGAUGUGGUCGCCGGAGAAUGACUUUGUGAGUGCCCUCUGUGGCUCCGUGGAAUCUCUAGGAGCCGCGAGCUGCCGCUGGUCCACCCACAAAAUGGGCCAGAGCGAAGGCUCCGGCAUAUACUUCCUGGAGACCACUCAAUCCUCACCCUUUGCCAGGGGUGCCUACUACAUCAGCUUCUUGUGAGGAGCAGAUCCAAUGUGAAAGCCAAGCGAAUAAAGGAAACAAAGGAGCAA